GCUAUCCGGCGACAGUCGUCUGUCGGUCGUCCGAUAAUCCAGACGGAGGAAGCGUCGCCGUCGCGCUCUUCCCCCACGUUUUUGUCGCACGUUUUUGCCUUACGGUAAAAACACACAAUCGAACGGAAGCAAUAAGACAAAAACGAAACCUCCGAUAAAACACUUCUUUCGACGAACGCGACGUUAACAAUGUUACCACCACGUUCGAAUAGACGUCGGUAGAAAAACAACGAUUUCUUAUAGUAACACAAAAUCGAGAUGAAGACAUCACAAUUAAAGUCGUUCAUUGGAUUGGCGUUUAUCGCGAGAGUUUGUUGGGCAUUGAAUUCCCUUAGAAUUAACGUCCCCAGACCCAUCAAAGUCGGAGACACGGUGACACUGACGUGCGACUACGAUUUGGAAGGCGAGCAGCUGUACGCGAUCAAAUGGUACUGGAAAGAAGCGGAGUUCUUCAGAUUCGUCCCUCGGGAAAGUCCGCCCUUCAAGACGUUCGCCGUACGUCACAUCAUUGUCGACGUAUCUGGUUCAGAUAGAAACAAAGUGACCCUAAAAGAUGUUCAAAAAGUAAUUUCGGGCACUUAUACGUGUGAAGUUUCGGCGGAUGCCCCAACAUUCCACACGGAAAUGAAGGGAGGAUUCAUGCAAGUUCACGAACUUCCGCACGGCAACUUAACGAUGAUCAUCGAACCUUCGAAAGUUGAAGUGGGAAAACUUUUGAAGGCCAACUGUCGAUCUCCUUUAGCUUAUCCAGCUCCAAAUUUAAUUUGGUCCAUUAACAACGAAACUGUUUAUUAUAAUACCUCAGAAAUUGAAACUUAUAAUUACAUAGAAUCAGUUAAAAUUCUUUCAGAAUAUUCCGAAACCAAAAUUCAAAUAAUCAUAAACCAAUCAUUUUUCGAUCAAAAUGGUCACAUGGAAUUGAGAUGCAAUGGAAUUCUUGACGAGUUAUGGAAGAGUUCUGUUGCGAAAGUUUUAAAAGAUGAAACUCCUGUUUUUGCUCCAGUUUUAGGAUCUACAUCUUCUCAAAUCGAUGAUGGCGAUCAACAAGGAAACUUUGAUAAGUUAAUGAACAGUUCUUCUUUUGGACCAUCAUCGCUUCAACGUGCUUCGAUUUCAUAUAUUUUCUUACUUUUGAUAUUUUUCACGUUAAUAAUUAGGUAAUUAAACGUUUUGGAAUGAUUUAGGGAUCGACCUUGUGCCUCAAGAAUAACCGAGUCCUAGCGAUUAAUUCUUGAAUUUAGAAUAUUAAGUUGAAAUAAAAUUGUUAUUUAUAGUUUAAGCGGAAAUGAAAUAAAAAUAAAAUUAAUUAAGCUGUACGUAGAUGUAUAAAAAAAUGAUGGCAAAAAUAAAUGGCGGAAAAGAAUCGAAAAGAAAUUAAUAAGUAAUGUUAAUAAACAAUGGCAAUAAUCUGUGUAAUGUUAAAAAAUGAGGCUAAAAAAGUAAAGGAAUUUUGAAAAAAAGGGAUGUAUCUGUGUAUUAUAGGAUUUGAAUAAAAUAAAAAUUAAAUACCUAAA